GUACGUGUGCAAUCCUUGUACACAUAGGGGCAUAGACUAUGUACAGUAGUAGUGUUUGUGACGUGUAACGCAGAGAGUUGAGAGUCCAGUUGUCCGAAGUAUGGAUUUUAACGACAUAUUUCGUUCCUUUUUUGGGAUGCACUACCCUAGAGGCUCUAUGGAGAAUGACUGUGAAGAAAGGGAUGACUUCAACACACCUCCUGACUUUGGGUUCUUUGGCAGCCCGUUUGGUGUAGAUGAAAAUGAUGAGAUGAACGACAAUGCGACUUUUGGCCCAGGUCGGGGUGGAAGGUUCGGCGAUGAUCUUUUCUUCAGGUUUGAAGAGGAGACCCAGGACAUGUUCCGGCAUUUUGAGGAGAUGUUCAGAAAUUUUGGGCUCAGUGAUUUCCCACCGUCUGUAUUUUCAAGGACAGACCAAGACCCCUCUCUACCAAUAUCAUCGCCACGGUAUCAAACCCCACGAGAUGAGAUGCUGAAGCACCCAGAUAGUAGCCAGCCCUCAGCACCCAUGCCCAGACUAUCUGAUAAGGACCGUCUUCAAAGAGAUGAGAAUAAAGCAAAGGACGGAGGGCCAUCAUGGCAUUCUCUGUGGACCACCAAACCAAAGUGGCAUUGGCACAUGCCUACCCAACCACCUGCAACCCCACCCAAGGAAGACAGAGACCUGGAUGAUGAAGUGAGAGGAAGGAAGUUGGACGAGAUUCUAAAAGCGGCCAGUCCGCCCUCCUCCCGCAAUGAUAACCCUGCUCAACCAGGUCACACGUCCAGGCCACACUUCAGGAGCAUCUCAGUGCACACUGUCAGGAAGCCGGAUGGGACCAUAGAGCAAAGGCGCACAGAGACAGAUGCAGACGGUAACAUCACCACUACAGUCACAACUACCAACCCUGACCGACCAGAGCUUCCAAGCCUCAUACCAGACCAAAGGAGAUCACAGAUGGAUAGGUGGAGCGGACCAGAAGAUGACAAAGCUAUCUUGGGAGGGGAAAUAACAACCUCAAUAUUUGAGAAGCUCUUCGGGUCGUGGGGUCGCCAUUAGAUGAUGUGUCAAGCUAUAAAUUGAUUCUCCAUCCCACAACAACCAUCGGACAUCUGGCAAUAGGCAUACAUAGGCAGAUGGUUUAAUUAACAAGUGGCUCCAAGAUGUCACACCCAGCCAAGAAUCACAGUGAAAAUCAAGUUGGGCUUUAUUCUUUGCUACAGAGGAAUUGAUUGCAUGCUUGGGAUGUGUUUGGAGGGACAGAACAUCUGUAUAAUUUCAAACUUGUGCACGCGGGAUUGAAAAACCAAGGUACCUUCAUCCUGCACCGCAUCCUCACUGAUAACUUAUUAAGACACCAGACCAUUAAUAAUGUCAAUUUAAAGUUUAAAAGCUAGAUUCUUCAGACACUUCAGGGUCUAUGGGUAAAGGAAAAUAAAAUAGCGGUAGCCAUUUUUCCUAUGGCUGUGUUUCACAAUGGGGCCUUUAGGGCGUUAUUGAAGACCUUCCACAUCCUCUUGGAUGAAUAUUUGAAUUUUGUCUGAGACCUUAAGAACAUUGCAGGUGAUGCUAGAUAUGAUAAACGAUAAGGCUAAGUGUAAUCGAUAUUACAGAAACGUAAAUAAAAAUUUUUUUGCAAUUUAUAAUUAUAGUGAAUAGUUCAUUUUUGUGGUCACAGACGGCCUCCCUGCAGUGCAUUCCUGGCUUGGCGAAUUUUUCCCAGUCCCUGACCCAAAAAGUAAGGAGACAGCAAACAUCUUAAAAAAAAUAAACAGGAUUUUAAACUCCUUCAUUUAA